AUGGCCUCCAACCGCACCCGUCGCAUCGCCAAAGAGAUCGCAGACAUCAAGUCGGACCCGCACUCUGGCAUCCGCGUCGACACGCACCGCGAUGACGACCUCACCCACCUGCGCGGCUUCUUCAAGGGCCCGCCCGACACGCCCUACGAGGGCGGCGAGUACUCUGUCGACAUCAAGAUUCCCACCGACUACCCCUUCAGGCCGCCCGUCAUGAAGUUCGAGACCAGGAUCUGGCACCCCAACGUCAGCUCUCAGACUGGCGCCAUAUGUCUCGACACCCUCUCGCAAGCCUGGUCGCCCGUCCUGACCAUCAAAUCCGCCCUCAUAUCGCUGCAAUCGCUGCUCAGCACGCCCGAGCCGAAGGAUCCGCAGGAUGCAGAGGUGGCUGGCAUGCUGAUCAAGCAGCCGGCCGAGUUCGAGCACAAGGCGCGCGAGUGGGCCGUCAAGUUCGCCAACGCGCCGAAGAAGGAGAUAGCCGGCGGGAGCGGCGGCGCCACGCAGGAGACGCUGAAGCGGCGUCGGGAGGAGCAGAAGGUGCAGGAGGAGAAGGCGAAGCUGGCUGCGUACCACGGCUACAACAAGGAUCUCAUCGACCGCUUCGUGGCCAUGGGCUUCGAGGUCGACAGCGUCGUCUCGGCCUUCGAGUACGUCGGCAUCGACAAGAACGACGGCAUGGACUACGAGCUCGAGGAGGCCUACAUGGGCGACAUCACUGCUCGCCUGUUCGGCGAGGCGUGA